AUGGCUGAGCCAGGCGGAUCGCCCCUCCCCCGCGGCGGAGGGAGCUGUGCUCGGAGCCGGCCGGGCGGGUGCCUGUUUCCCCUGCCGCGCGCGAGGCCGCUCCCUGCUCCUCGACCCUCCCCCCAUCCCCUUCCCGGCCGCGGAGAGGGGGAGGGAGGACCCGGCGCGAGCCGGACGGGGAGUGCGCGGGGCGCGAGCUCUCGGCUGGGCUCGCGGGCAGGCGUCCCCGCGCGCCACUGGCUGAUGCUGCCGCCACUGCUACUCGGCAUGCACCGCAGCCAGGCUGACAGCGCGGGAGCCGCCGCCCCCCAACCCUGUGCACUGUGCAUUCACCUUAUUUUACUCUUGUGCAAUGGUCGGCUUGAAAACCCUGCUUUCCCGCCGCCCUCCCUCCCUUUCUCCUCCCCUAAUAAAAAAGAAUCAGACUUUUUUCUGCCACAUUUUUUUAGCGGAAGUUAUGAACUCGAUAUACGUUUUUCCGUGCGCCGGAAAAGGGCUUCUCUUUCAAAACGAAUGCAGAGGGCCUUUUUAGCCCUGCCCUGUCUCUGUUGGUCUCGAUGUUGUAGGGUGACAGUGGCGAAUGGUGGGGAAGCCUUUUGCCAUCGAAACAGAACUUGGGCCGAGGACACUGCUGGAGCCGAUUUCUUUCUGUUUGGAGUAUCACUGAUCAGUUAUUCUGAUCGGAAGAAUUUGGAGUUUUUCAUCAGUAUGUCUGAAACUAUUAAAUAUAAUGAUGAUGAUCAUAAAACUCUGUUUCUGAAAACAUUAAAUGAGCAACGUCUGGAAGGGGAAUUCUGUGAUAUUGCUAUUGUGGUGGAAGACGUCAAGUUCAGGGCACAUAGAUGUGUGCUUGCUGCAUGCAGUACCUACUUCAAAAAGCUUUUCAAGAAGCUGGAAGUGGAUAGUUCUUCUGUAAUAGAGAUAGAUUUCCUUCGUUCUGACAUAUUUGAGGAAGUUUUGAAUUACAUGUAUACUGCAAAGAUUUCUGUAAAAAAAGAAGACGUCAACUUGAUGAUGUCAUCAGGUCAGAUUCUUGGUAUCCGGUUUUUGGAUAAACUCUGUUCUCAGAAGCGGGAUGUAUCUAGUCCUGAAGAAAAUAAUACUCAGGCCAAAAACAAGUAUUGCUUAAAAAUAAACCGCCCCAUUGGAGAAUCCACUGACAAUCAGGAUGAUGAAGUAGAAGAGAUUGGAGAUCAGGAUGAUAGCCCUUCUGAUGACACCGUGGAAGGAACUCCCCCAAGUCAAGAGGAUGGUAAGUCACCCACAACCACACUUAGGGUUCAAGAAGCAAUUCUGAAGGAGUUGGGAAGUGAAGAAGUUCGAAAAGUAAAUUGCUAUGGCCAGGAAGUAGAAUCUAUGGACACCUCAGAAUCAAAAGACUUGGGGUCCCAAACUCCUCAGGGUUUAACAUUUAAUGAUGGCAUAAGUGAAGUGAAAGAUGAACAGACCCCAGGUUGGACAACAGCCACCAGUGAUAUGAAAUUUGAGUACUUACUCUAUGGUCACCGGGAACAGAUUGCCUGUCAAGCAUGUGGAAAGACAUUUUCAGAUGAAGCCCGUUUGAGAAAGCAUGAAAAGCUCCAUACAGCAGACAGGCCAUUUGUUUGUGAAAUGUGUACCAAAGGCUUCACCACCCAAGCCCAUUUGAAAGAACACCUCAAAAUCCACACUGGAUAUAAGCCUUAUAGCUGUGAAGUGUGUGGGAAAUCAUUUAUCCGUGCCCCGGACUUGAAAAAACACGAGAGAGUUCAUAGUAAUGAAAGACCUUUUGCAUGUCACAUGUGUGAUAAAGCCUUUAAACACAAGUCCCAUCUGAAAGAUCAUGAAAGAAGACACAGAGGGGAAAAGCCUUUUGUUUGUAGUUCCUGUACAAAGGCGUUUGCCAAGGCAUCUGACCUCAAACGCCAUGAGAACAAUAUGCACAGUGAGAGGAAACAGGUCCCCACUAGUGCCAUCCAGAGUGAGACUGAACAGUUGCAGGCAGCUGCUAUGGCGGCUGAGGCAGAGCAACAGCUUGAAACAAUUGCUUGUAGUUAGGUGUGAUCAUCAGGGGACAAAGGAAAACAGGACUCUAAACCCAAGAGGCAAUUACUGCAUAGACUUUGAGAUUAAACUGGUCAUAAAUGAAUUUCUGAAGACUAGUCACUGUAUUUUUGUGGAAACUUGUGAAUAGUUGUUGUGAUUAAACUGAAGACGGUACUUGGUUAGAUGCUUUAAAAACUUUGGGGAAAUAUUUCCUCAUAAUUCUGACCAAAUGGUUUUACUGUCGCACGUAUCAGAUUGUAGUAUAUUGCCAGUUUGCUGUUCAUUUUUAAAAUGGUUUUAAUUUGAGAACUCUUG